UUUUGCAAAAUAAAAGAAUCAUUAUUCCCGUUCGCUCUAUGUAGGUUCGUUAAUUCCUAUUUAUUAAUUUAUUCAUAUUUUCUCCUAAUAAUAUAAUAAUAAUAAUUUUUUUUCCCACUACACCGUGGUCGCGGCGCACUAUAUAGGGCCGCAUGACCUUCUAAUUCCAGAAAGAUCGACGCUAACGUGCGCCUGUCACUCUCCUCGACAAAUUCCAUUAUCAACAGCGUUUUCACUGCUCUCGUCCCUCAGGUCUGGUUUGUUACCAAUCUCUUUCUCUUUACCUCUUUCCUUAGGCCUUAAUAGUUGUCUUAAAAACCCUAGAAUUUUGUUUUUUCCUUUUAUUUUUUUUCGAAAUCUUAUUUCCUCAUUGGAUUCUACGCACUAAAGGGAGGGCGGGACCAAGACAUUGACGAUACUUUGUGGAAAACUCAUUAAUUGGAAGAAACUCUUAUCUAUUUUAGCUGUGAAUAUCAUUUUUUUGGUGAAUAUUUAAGGAUUUGAUAAGUUUUGGAACAAUGGUUUUGGCUUUGAAUUUUAUGGCUUUGGUUGCUUAGAGGGAGUCUUUAUUCGAAAUUAUGAGCUUUGGUUUUUUGGUAAUUGAGAGAUGGAAAGUGAUGGUGGUUCAAAUUCCAAGGCAGGUUCGCAAUUGCAAUUUGAUUUGGGGAAUAGUGCUGAGCUAGGGUUAGAGAAGGUUUCAUUACAGAAUUCGUUGAAACUUAGGAACAAGAAAAUGGAUGGUGGUGGGGGCUCUAAGAAAAGAUUAAAGGUCGCAGGGGCAGGGGUUGGUUUUGAUUCAGAUGAUGAUGAGCCCAUUGGGUCUUUGUUCAAGUUAAGGAAACCUAAGAAUCCUAAAGGGGUUAAGGCUGGAUUGGAGGGCAGUGUGGAAAAGUGCCAGAAGGUUGAAGUUAAGGCAGGUAAAACUGUGGGCAAGGAUGAGGAUGAUUUGGGGGGAAUGAAUGAUACGUUGGCGAGCUUUAGGAAGAAGUUGAAAGGUCCUAAGAAAGGUUAUUUUUUGAAUGAGUCCUUUGAUGAUGGGGUUUUGGAUGGGAAAACUGUGUUGAAGACAGGUGUGAAAGGUCAGGAUAUUGGUGAAGACAGGUCUGAUGAACUUACUAAUAAAGGGGGUGAAAAAAAGCGUACUGGGAAAGUAAGGAGAGCCAAGUUUGAUUCAAAAGCGAAGCCCAUUGGGGUUGGUGAUGAAUCAGAUGGGUUGGAAUCUCAGCAUGAGGAAGAUCAGAAUGAGGGAGGCUUGUGGCCUGGGGAAGGUUCUAAUCAGUCUUUGGAUGAGAAGUUGGAAGAGUCAUUGUCAACCUUUUUUCACAAGGCACAGUCUGGUUCAGUAAGGAAAUCUCGCCCAAAUUCGAGUUUGAAACAGAAUAGCAAGGUUACCCAUCAUGCUUCUGCUUCAAAGAAUCCUAGCAGAAAUUGCAAUGAUAGUUCUCGAUCAAUUUCUAGUUCAAGCUUCUUGCAUUCAUCCUCCAAAGAAUGUAACACAGAAGAGAAUCUAAGAUUUGACGAUGGUUUGUGUCAACAAGAUUGCAUUUUGGAACCACGUGACUUAAAUGUUCAAAAGGAUCCUACAAAGGAUCCAUGUAGGUCACCUAAAGUAUGUGACGGAAAUUGGCAUUCCAACAUUGAGCUCAGGGACAAUUGUUCAGCAGCUGACCAGAGGGGUAAACCAGAAAUUAAAGGUUUAAAAGAUGGAUUGGAGCUUCAAUCUACUGGUAGAACAGGUAUUUUAGUGCCCUGUGUGGUAGAAAUACCCAACUCUUGUUCUUCCUCAAAGCAGGUCGAAGAAAUCCAUGGGUUUGGUAGUGGAGGCUUGUUUCCUCAACCUGUGGACAUUUCAAACAAAUACAUUUCAAGUGCAUAUCCAGAAAUUUCUUUAGCUGGGAAAGAGAACUCUACUGAUGGGUUGUUUAACAAGUCUUAUAAAAAGGCAAAUGAAGACGCUGCCAAAUUAGAAAGUGGCUAUGUUUUUGAUCAAUGUCAGAAAGGUUCGCAACAAACUCAACAUAAUCUGUCUCUGUCUGCUGUUGAUUCACUAAAGGCAGAAGAGACUUCAAGUGAGGGUCCAAAUACUUGCACUGAGGAAAAAUCUUUAGAAACCUCUGAUCAUCCCAAUGAACUUGUUGCCUCCAUUCAGAGGUGCAACUCUGCUUUGCAUCAACCAUCUGAAGGUACCUGCCCUGGUGCCUGUGUUCCCAGCCAUGAUAGUUUUUUCAUAAACAAAGAGGCCAAUGGAGGUUCUCCUGCAUCUUUAACACCUGAUGAAAAUGAAAGUUGCCAUGAAGAUGUGGUCUCUGAGCCUGGUUCUGAAAUCAAAGACAGUAAGUUAUCAGUUGUCCUGCGAGGUGGGCGCAAUAUUAAAAAGCGUAGACAUGGAGACAUGGCUUAUGAAGGGGAUGCGGAUUGGGAGAAUUUGAUAAGUGAGCAAGGUUUCUUUGGAAAUCAACAGUUUGUAGACGGUGAUCGUUCCUUUAGAGCAAGAGAGAAGUUUGAUGAGGCAGCGGUAUCAGCUGGACUGAAAGCUCGUGCUGUGGGUCCAGUUGAGAAGAUCAAAUUUAAGGAGGUCUUGAAGCAUAGAGGUGGGCUGCAGGAAUAUUUGGAAUGCAGGAAUCAUAUCUUAGGUCUUUGGAGUAAAGAUGUUACCCGUAUUUUGCCUCUUGUUGACUGUGGUGUUAGUGAUACUCCUUCAGAGGGUGAACUACCCCGAGCUUCCCUAAUUAGGGAGAUAUAUGCAUUUCUUGAUCAGAGUGGUUAUAUAAACUUUGGAAUUGCUUCCAAGAAAGAGAAGGCAGAACUUAGUGCUAAGUACAAUUACAAACUUCUAGAGGAAAAAAUUUUUGACUGUAGUUCUGGGGCCUCUGUUGCUGAUUCAGAGGAUGGAGUUGCCUUUAUCCUUGGUCAGGUCAAGAAUUUUGAUGCUUCUAUGGACACAAAGAAUUGUGUUAGAGUUGAUCAAAACCAGGCAUCUGAAGCCACAAUAUGUGAAGUAUUGGUUGAUUCGAUCACACCAGAAUUACCUUAUGUAAAAGAACAAGAGGAGUGCCCAAGUGAUAAAAAUGGCAGCAUCAGUGCAAAACUAAACCCUGGAUUGAUUAGUUUGCAGGUUCCAAUUGCUGAUCUAUCUUGUGAUGCAGUUGACAUGGGAAUAGCCCCUGUAGUAACUCCAGCAGAAAGGAGUGACUCACAAUAUGUUCAAUCUGCAGCUAAUGAUAAUCCUGAUGGGAAUCAUCACCUGCAGGGUGGUUCAGAGGUCAGAAAGAAAAUCAUAGUUGUUGGAGCUGGUCCUGCUGGAUUGACUGCUGCACGCCACUUGCAACGUCAGGGAUUUUCUGUGGUUGUACUUGAGGCUAGGAAUAGGAUAGGAGGUCGUGUUUAUACUGAUUGCUCUUCUCUUUCAGUUCCUGUGGAUCUUGGGGCUAGCAUUAUUACUGGAGUUGAGGCUGACAUGUCAACUAAUAGAAGACCAGAUCCUUCCUCAUUGAUUUGUGCACAGUUGGGGCUAGAGUUGACUGUGUUGAAUAGUUCCUGUCCUCUUUAUGACAUUGUAUCUGGUCAAAAGGUUCCUGCAGAUCUGGAUGAUGCUCUGGAAGCUGAAUACAACACUCUUCUUGAUGAUAUGUUGUUUCUUGUUGCUCAAAAAGGUGACAAAGCAAUGAGAAUGUCUCUUGAGGAUGGUUUAGAAUAUGCCCUAAAAAGGCAUCGCAUGGAAGAAAUAGGAGCAGAUAUUGAAGAAACAGAACCACAUUCUUCAGUGGAUGCUUUCUAUGAUUCCAAAGCAAUCAAUGUCGUUGGAAAAUUUCCUGAAGAAAAUAGUUCUGAAGAGGAGAUUUUGAGUCCGCUUGAGAGGAGGGUUAUGAAUUGGCACUAUGCCCACUUGGAGUAUGGUUGUGCUGCUUCGCUUAAGGAAGUGUCUCUUCCCCACUGGAAUCAAGAUGAUGUUUAUGGCGGCUUUGGAGGAGCCCAUUGUAUGAUUAAAGGUGGUUACAGUACUGUGGUUGAGUCUCUUGGAGAAGGACUUCUCAUCCACUUGAACCAUGUAGUCACAAAUAUUUCAUAUGGCCCAAAGGACACUGGGAUUGAUAAUAAUCAACAUAGGCAGGUCAAAGUUUCCACAUCAAAUGGCAGUGAGUUUUCAGGAGAUGCUGCGCUUAUCACUGUGCCACUUGGUUGCUUGAAAGUGGGAGCCAUAAAGUUUUUUCCUUCAUUGCCCCAAUGGAAACAAUCUUCCAUAGAGCAGCUUGGUUUUGGAGUUCUUAAUAAAGUCGUCUUGGAAUUCCCAGAAGUGUUUUGGGAUGAUACUGUGGAUUACUUUGGAGUGACUGCUGAGGAAACAGAUAGUAGGGGCCGUUGCUUUAUGUUUUGGAAUGUCAGAAAAACUGUUGGGGCUCCUGUUCUUAUAGCUUUAGUGGCUGGUAAGGCAGCUAUUGAUGGUCAAAGUAUGAGCUCAUUGGAUCAGGUAAACCAUGCUGUGAUUGUUCUUCGUAAACUUUUUGGAGAGGCUUCUGUUCCUGAUCCAGUUGCCUCGGUAGUGACUGAUUGGGGCAGGGAUCCUUUCAGCUAUGGUGCUUACUCCUAUGUUGCCAUUGGAGCAUCGGGAGAAGACUAUGAUAUGUUGGGCAGGCCUGUUGAGAACUGCUUGUUUUUUGCUGGAGAAGCUACCUGCAAGGAGCAUCCUGACACAGUUGGUGGUGCAAUGUUGAGUGGACUCCGGGAGGCCGUGCGGCUAAUUGACAUAUUGACCUCCGGAAAUGAUUAUACAGCUGAAGUAGAGGCAAUGGAGGCUGCACAGAGACAAUCAGAAUCAGAAAGGGAUGAAGUCAGGGACAUAAUUAGGAGACUUGAAGCAGUUGAACUUUCUAAUGUGUUGUACAAAAACUCUUUGGAUCGAGCUCAGGUUUUGGCCAGGGAAGCUUUACUACGGGACAUGUUCUUUAAUGUGAAAACCACUGCAGGACGAUUGCAUCUGGCCAAAACGUUGUUAGGUCUUCCAGUUGAAUCCUUGAAAUCCUUUGCUGGGACAAAGGAAGGGCUUACCACACUCAACUCAUGGAUGCUGGAUUCGAUGGGGAAAGAUGGAACUCAACUGUUGCGCCAUUGUGUCCGUCUUCUUGUGCUUGUUUCAACUGAUCUACUUGCAGUUCGUUCUUCAGGAAUUGGGAAAACUGUGAAGGAAAAAGUUUGUGUACAUACAAGUCGUGACAUUCGUGCUAUAGCAAGCCAGCUAGUAAAUGUGUGGCUUGAAGUCUUCCGUAAGGCAAAAGCUUCUUCAAAGAGAAAAUCCCUUAAAGAUCCAGCCUCAGGAAAGCCACCUUUACACUCACUUCAUGGUGCUUUUGAGAAUAAACGAAGCUUGCAUGAUCCUUUCUCUGCUGGAAACCAGUAUCCUUUCAAUGUAAAAGAGCAUGGCAAAUCAAUUGAUAUGGAGGUGGAAGCUGUCAACCUAGGAAUGUCUGAGGAAGAGCAGGCUGCCUUUGCUGCUGAAGCUGCCGCUCGAGCUGCAGCAAAAGCUGCUGCUGAGGCACUUGCAUCCACAGAAGCCAACUGCAACAAAUUGCUGCAGCUUCCCAAGAUUCCUUCUUUUCACAAAUUUGCCAGAAGGGAGCAAUAUGCACAAAUGGAUGAAAGGAAGUGGCCUGGUGGUUUUUUGGGAAGACAAGAUUGUAUAUCAGAAAUAGACUCUAGGAACUGCAGAGUUAGGGACUGGUCUGUUGAUUUCUCUGCUGCUUGUGUUAACAUUGAUAGUUCCAGAAUGUCAGUAGAUAACCUGUCUCAGAGGAGCCAUUCCAAUGAGAUCGCGAGCCACUUGAAACUUAGAGAGCACUCUGGAGAAAGUUUGGCUGUGGACAGCAGUAUCUUCACAAAAGCAUGGGUUGAUACUGCCUGUAGUGGGGGGAUUAAGGAUUAUCAUGCCAUUGAGCGAUGGCAGUCUCAAGCAGCUGCUGCUGAUCCAGAUUUCUUCCAUCCGACAAUGUAUUUCAAGGAUGAGGAAGAUUCAAAUACUAGUUCAAGGCAACCAACCUCAAAGCAUGACGGGCGAGCGAAUGAGAGCUCAGUCUCCCAAGUUACUGUAAACAAGGAGCAAUUUAAGAAUCAUCCUCGUGGAGCUGAUCGUAUUAAACAUGCUGUUGUUGAUUAUGUUGCAUCAUUGCUAAUGCCCCUUUAUAAGGCAAGAAAAUUUGAUAGGGAGGGAUACAAAUCAAUAAUGAAGAAAACUGCAAGAAAGGUAAUGGAGCAGGCAACUGAUGCAGAGAAAAACAUGGCUGUUUCUGAAUUUCUUGAUUUCAAGCGCAAAAAUAAGAUUCGUUCCUUUGUGGACAAAUUGAUUGAGAGGCACAUGGCAAUGAAGCCAGUCAUGAAACCAUGAUGGUGUUAAAGGAUUGACUGGUUAUGCUUUAUUGGCCGCUUCUCUGCAAGACCUAUAAAAGCCUCUCUGUGAGUGAGUUCACCGCCUUAAAAUGAUGGUGGUGCUGGACAAAGAGUUCUACAAUCUGCAGUUCAUGAUUCAUAAGGUGUCCUUGGAAGAAAAAACAUGGUUCAGUGUUUUACAAUCUUGAUUGACCCUCAAAGCAAAGCAAAAGUCGCUCAAGUUGAUGCCUUAUUGCAAAUUUUAUCGGAACUGGUAGUGGAAUAAAGUAGAGAGGCUGUUUUUGGAUGUUGAAUUGGCUUCUUUAUUAUAAAUGGGCUCAAUAAAAGUGUUGUCGCUCAUCCAUCUCAUCUGGAUUGUGGGCAAUCGGUUAGCUUUGAAGAUGACAUCAAGAUCCUUUAUAUUAAUUGGCUUAACAACAUUGUCCUUUGGAGGGUGGUAGUCAAGACCCAAAAUUUUAUUUGGGAUUCCCACUGAUGAGACAUUACCUGUCUUACUUUUCUUUUUGUUUUUGAUGUGUACAGCUUAGUAUUCUUUUAGUGAUGACAAGCAUAUGGAGAUCAUCUAUCUGAAAAUACUUCAAUAUUGUCCUGAUUUUUUAAUUGAACAUCAAUUGCUAACUUCAAUUCUUUCUUCAAUUUGUUGUUGAAGGAAUGACAUUUUAAUUGCAUGGAAUGAAUCAGAGGGACAAUAUCUACAUACUUUGUCUUGGUUUUUUGUGUGCGUCUGUAUUGGGAGGUUGGGGUUGAAUUGCAUGGCAUCUGACCAUCAGUAUGUAUGAAGUGAUUUUUUUUCUUCGUUUCAUCAUUGAGGAAUUUAAGCUAUUUCCUAUGUGACAUUUAAAUUGAAAUGAUAAGGUGAGUUACUUGUCUGAUGAUAUCGGUUUAGAUGGUUUCGAAUUCAUAAAGCAUUAGCAUAUUAAUAUUGUAUAUCAUCUACUGGGUAAGUCAGAGGAAUUUACACUGCAAUACUAGUUGGCUGUUUCAUGUUAUACACUUCUGUAUGCAGAACGUCAAUGGAAUGUCCAUUUCAUUUAUUGGCUAUUACUUCAUUGCUAACACCACUUCAGAAUUCCAGGUUGGCAAAAUGUUGUGGCUGGCCAAUGAGAAGUAUGUGCUCUUUUAUCUCUUAUAUUUUCUGAAUUCUUAGUGCCUAGAAACUAUUGUAUGACCACAGGUUGAAUGAUAAUGUUGCAAAGACCCAAUUAAUAUAGCUGAAGAUGGAAUAUAUGUACGUGUGCUUUUGUCUUGGAUGUUUAGCAUGUUAUUUUCCAUCGGACAAACUAGAUGUAACUGCUUUAACAUGAUGAUGGUUUUAGUCCCAUCCAAUAUAUAGGUAGAGCAGAGAUCUACAUCGGUGGGAACUUGGGUGCUUCUGAAGAAUUAGACCCUUAUCUCGGGUUAAUUGAGGUAUGGUAGGUUUGUCAAUGUAUUUUGCUGACAAAUAUGAACAUGUGGUUCAUUCAGUUACACAAGUGGAUCUAUAUAGUUGAAAAAUUGCUUUGCAUUUUAUCUUUUGUUGCUUGUUGAUGACUUGUGAUUCUAAACGUUCACCCAUAGAGAUGGGGAGAGAAAGGAUGUGGCCGGGUCUUGAACAAUUAUUGCCCCCCUAUAUGGAAACCAUAUUUGGAAUUUGGAAUUUGAUUGGUAACAAGAAUAGAAAAUUUGUUAAUUUAAUGAUUAAGUUAUAAAAUAAAAAAGUAAUUAUGAAUCUUAAUCAUUAGACGUACAAGUUUUUCAUCUUUACUCUUUUCUAUCAUUUCUAGCAAGUGAAGCAUUAGUAUGGGCAAUUUUAGUUGUUUUCAGAUCAUGGAAAUGUGUUUCUUUAAUAUGAUCACACCCGAGAUUAAAUUAAGUCCAAGAAACGUCUUACUUAUAUAUGCUAA